AUGGCAAGGUUUGUGCAGGCUAAUGGCUUGGCAGCUGGGCUUGCAUCUUCUAAUCUUGUUCUGUACGCAUUUGUGUAUACGCCGUUGAAGCAAAUACACCCUGUUAAUACAUGGGUUGGGGCAAUCGUCGGUGCCAUUCCACCACAGGGGUAUCGUAUGUUUUCUUUUGCUGACCCUACUGGGGGCCUCACGUCUGAGUUGUUCAGUCUUGAAGCUUCACUCCUAACAUUAGGCCUUACCAUUGGAGCCUUAUCACUUGUGCUGGAACCAAGUCCGAAGACUGCCAGGAGAAUGUUCUAUGGUAGCCUGCUGUAUCUGCCUUCAUGGCUGAACUUCUGUUACAUCGGCUGCCUAAUGAAAAGGCGCACAAUCUGGCUGAGAAAAGACAAAGAACAGAAACGCCAAGACAGGAAACCUUCUCGUGUGCAAUCACGCACUCCAGUUGCCUAUGCUUCCGUGCCUCCAUUCACUUUCCUACCAGUGCCCAUCUAUGAGUCAUGA